AUUUAAUGGAAGUGCCCGACCACCACACCUUCCUCGCACAUUCUAAACAAAAAAACAAAAACGCAAUUAUUUUUCAUUAGAAAACGUUUCGCAGCUGUGUAGAGUUGGUGGUCUGCAUCGUUCCCUGCCCUUCCGCCGCCACAAUCCGCAUUCCAGGUUUUCUCUGUGAUACCUGUUCUCGGGCUGCGGUGGUGGAAAUAGCUACACAUUAGUAGUUCACCUCUUUCUGCUUCCGGAAAGAUCUGCUUUAAAUUCAUCACUUCUCUCCGCCAUUAAUAGGUAGGAUUUAAUUCGGAGGGUUUAAUUUGGCAUGGCGACAACAUUGCAUUUAUCUGGCGUCAAAACUCCCAACCAGUUUUUCCCCAAGAGCAAAUAUGCUUCCGGCUAUCAGUGUAUGCAGUUUCCUAGGCAGCAGUAUCUUCAUUUCGCGGUUUCCUUGCCGCCAUGGCUGCCUUCGGUUUCUAGUCACUGUUUGUCUCUCAGAAUGAGACGUGAGAGUGGGAAGAUUGAUAUGCUUGAAAGGACUGAUACUCAGGACCACGAUUCUGACCUAACUUCGAAUGAAAAUGAGCUAACCUGCGUGAUGAAGUUUGGUGGUUCGUCUGUCGCCUCAGCGGAGAGAAUGCGGGAAGUGGCUGAGCUCAUUCUCAGCUUUCCAGAAGAGAGACCUGUCAUUGUUCUUUCUGCUAUGGGGAAAACAACUAACAAGCUCUUAUUGGCUGGAGAGAAGUCUGUCACUUGUGGCGUUUCGAAUGUGUCUGAUCUUGAAGAAUUGACUUUCAUCAAAGAUUUACAUUUGAGGACCGCGGAUGAGCUAGGAGUAGACAGCACAAUUAUAUCUAAACACCUGUUUGAGUUGGAACAACUUCUGAAUGGAAUUGCUAUGAUGAAAGAGAUGACCCUAAGAACAAAAGACUACCUGGUUUCUUUUGGGGAAUGCAUGUCUACAAGGCUUUUUGCUGCCUAUUUGAAUAAAAUAGGUGUAAAAGCCCGACAAUAUGAUGCCUUUGAUAUUGGUUUUAUAACCACUGAUGAUUUCACGAAUGCGGAUAUUUUGGAAGCAACCUAUCCAGCUGUAGCAAAGAGAUUGCAUGGGGAUUGGAUUAGUGAUCCUGCUAUUCCUAUUGUUACAGGCUUCCUUGGGAAGGGUUGGAGAAGUUGUGCAGUGACCACACUAGGGAGAGGUGGUAGCGAUUUAACUGCUACAACAAUCGGGAAAGCUUUGGGUUUAAGAGAAAUCCAGGUGUGGAAAGAUGUUGAUGGUGUUCUCACAUGUGAUCCUAAUAUAUAUUCCCACGCUGCACCUGUGUCCUAUCUAACUUUCGAUGAAGCUGCUGAACUUGCUUAUUUUGGUGCUCAGGUCCUCCAUCCACAGUCCAUGAGGCCUGCUAGGGAAGGUGAUAUACCUGUGCGAGUGAAAAACUCUUAUAAUCCAAAAGCUCCUGGAACCCUUAUCACUAGAUCAAGGGACAUGAGUGAGGCUGUACUUACUAGCAUUGUCUUGAAAAGGAAUGUUACAAUGCUGGAUAUUGUUAGCACAAGAAUGCUUGGUCAAUUUGGUUUUCUUGCUAGGGUUUUUGCAAUUUUUGAGGAUCUAGGCAUAUCUGUUGAUGUUGUUGCCACUAGUGAAGUGAGUAUUUCCUUGACGUUGGACCCUUCCAAGCUUUGGAGUAGAGAACUUAUCCAGCAGGCAAGCGAAUUAGACCAUGUGGUGGAAGAACUAGAAAAAAUUGCAGUUGUAAAUCUUCUCCAGCACAGAUCUAUCAUCUCUCUUAUUGGAAAUGUUCAGAGAUCCUCACUGAUACUUGAAAAGGCGUUCCAUGUCCUUCGGGCUAAUGGUGUAAACGUUCAAAUGAUCUCUCAAGGUGCUUCGAAAGUCAAUAUAUCGUUGAUCGUAAAUGACAGCGAAGCAGAACAAUGCGUAAGAGCUCUUCACGCAGCCUUCUUUGAGAGUGAUCUUUCGGAACUUGUUUUAGAGAGUAAAUCUCAAAAUGGUUCAGUUUGAAGUCUCUGCAGCAGGGGCAACCUGUCGAAAUGAUUACCCUCCGAGUUAGAAUUGUCAUUCCGACUUCAUUUUUAGAUCAUAUGAUUGGGUAGAUUAAGUGCCUGUUUGUGCAACGGUGAGCAAUUUUGUACGACGAUUAUAUUCAUGUAAAAGUAGAUUUUGCAGAUUAUCCUUUC